CCGCGCGGCGGUCCCAGUCGCCGCGGCCGCCGCGUCCGCCGCGCGCGGCCACGGAGGAGCAGACGAGGCCUCGCAGCUCGCGCUGGAGGAGCUCCGGGCAGCGAGGGAUCAGCUGCGCGCGAGCGGCCUCCCCGUAGCGGCGCUGGCCGCGGCCGUGCAGGAGCUGCUGCGGGAGGAGGCGCUCGCGCGGGAGCGCUGCGAGGGGGGCCUCCAGCUUGGGGCGAUCUUCGCCGAGGCCGAGGCCCUCGUGGACGCGGAGCUCGCCCGAGUUGGCAUAGCAUCCAUCGACCAGCCGUGGAAGGGGGCGAGGGUUCGCCUGAGCGCGCUGGACGCGCUGUCGCGCCUCGGCGAGGUCGGCGGCCUGCCCGCCGCGGCCCUGCGGGCGCUCCGCGGGCAGGACGUGAGGGUGUGGGACGGCGCAGCGGGGCACUUCGCGGCGCUGCAGCGCUGGCGGCGCGGGCGCGACGCGGUCGCCAGGCCCUACGUGGACAAGCUCGACCUCAAGGCAGCCUGGGGGGCGGCGUGCCGGGAGCGCGACUGCGCUGAGGUGCUGCGGUACAUCGUCCUGGGGGCCGUGUGGGCCUACCUGGGCAUUCGGCGCGUGGAGGUGUGCGGCGCUUCCGAGGGCGGCGGGGCCCCGCUGCUGCGCCCCGCGGCCCCAUCGCGGCCCGCGGGCGACUACGACGCCUGGGGCUCGGGCGCGCAGCCCUCGGGUGCGGAGGGCGAGGUCCUCGACCCCUUCGGGUGCGGGCCACGCGGGGGCACCGUGGUGAGGCUGCGCUUGCCCCCGGAGCUGGCCCGGGGGCUGCGCGGCGGCGGCGGCGUGGCACGGCGGCCGGCUGCCGGGCAUGGCGUGCUUGCAGAGCUGAGGGCCUGCAUAGGUGAAGAUGCGGCUCCGGCGCAGAAAGCAUGUCCUCCUGCUCCUCCACCUUCUCCGCCGCCGCCUUCUCUCGGGAAGCAAGCGAUGGCAUAA